ACUCAUUGUUACCAACUCGAGGAGCGGCGGAGACCCCGUUGCUACACAUGAAUUUGUCGGCACAUUAUUCAGGUAAAGUUUCCGUUAAUUUAACCGGUUUAACGGCCAGCUUGAAUUUACAACCGGGGACCGCUUCUAGCGAGCAGCCGCCUCCUCCUCCUCCGCCGCGCGGCUCGGUGCGGCGAAUUAACGUCAGAACACCGGGUCCGCUGGCCGCAGACGCCGCGGUCACCGUCGUCCAGGAGGGACUAACCGUCAUCUUUUGUCUCCGCCGCGCUGCUCGCCGGUGUGUUUCCUUCAACCGGCCGGCUGCGGCGAGGCAGGUACAGUCCGGGGGAGGCGAGCGAACCAGCGCGAGGAGGUCCCGGUGACGUGCUGAGCGCUCGCGGUCGGUGUGCGGGCUCCCGGUAACGUGGACGCUCAGAUUGUGGUGUUGGACAUCAUCUUUGGUCGUCGUCAAUAUUCAGGAGAGGGAGUGGUCAUCUUAAAGGACCACCGCAUCUCAGCGGGCGAUGGGGGUCUUGUGACGCACCGGUGCCGCUGACCGGGUUCCCCGCGGUAAUGGAUGCAGCCGGCUUCAGUCGUGGCCGUGUCGGACUACGCCGCCCGACUCGCACUGUUUCCCUGUGAGCUGCAGAGGAGGGAGCGACUACCAGACAGUCCUGCUGAAUGAGCCGGUGGCUUCCUGGGUUCAACCCUUCCUAACCUCCAUCCAUCCUCCCCCCUGCUGUACGGACCGGUGAUGGAUCUCCUGUGGGUGCUGUCGGCGUCCAUGUUGGCGGCAUGCGUUGCCAUCCCCAUGGACUUUGCGGAGGAGAGCCACAGUCUGUUCACUUGUGAGCCCAUUACCCUGCGCAUGUGCCAGGGGUUGCCCUACAACUCCACCUACAUGCCCAACAUACUGAAUCACUACGACCAGCAAACGGCGGCCCUCGCCAUGGAGCCGUUCCAUCCCUUGGUGAACCUCCGGUGCUCUCCGGAGCUCAGGAUGUUCCUGUGCGCGCUCUACGCCCCGGUGUGCACCGAGUACGGCCGGAUGACUCUGCCCUGUCGCCGCCUCUGCCUGCAGGCCAAGAGCGACUGCUACAAACUCAUGGACAUGUUUGGUGUCAGCUGGCCGCAGGAAAUGGACUGCAACAGGUUCCCGGACUGCGACGAGCCCUACCCCCGUCCUGUGGACCUCCUGUCCGGCUCGGACACGACGGACUCCCCCAUCUCCGUCCAGCGGGACUACGGCUUCUGGUGUCCAAGAGAACUCAAAAUCGACCCUGAGCUCGGUUACUCCUUCAUGGGGGUCCGCGACUGCUCCCCCCCCUGCUCCAACAUGUACUUUACGCGCGAGGAGCUGCGGUUCGCCCGCUACUUCAUCGGGGUGGUGUCCAUCGUCUGUCUGUCCGCCACCCUCUUCACCUUCCUGACCUUCCUCAUCGAUGUGUCACGCUUCCGCUACCCGGAGCGUCCGAUCAUCUUCUACGCCGUGUGCUACAUGAUGGUGUCCCUGGUGUUCUUCCUCGGCUUUCUGCUGGAGGACAAGGUUUCAUGUAACGCAGCGAGUCCCGGGAGGUUUCGGGCUUCAACAGUGACCCAAGGCUCCCAUAAUAAAGCCUGCACCCUUCUCUUCAUGGUGCUGUACUUCUUCACCAUGGCCGGCAGCGUCUGGUGGGUCAUUCUGACCAUCACCUGGUUCCUGGCGGCUGUUCCCAAGUGGGGCAGUGAGGCCAUCGAGAAGAAGGCCCUCCUGUUCCACGCCUGUGCCUGGGGCAUCCCCGGGGUGCUCACGGUCACCCUGCUCGCCAUGAACCAGAUCGAGGGAGACAGUGUCAGCGGGGUCUGCUUUGUGGGCCUCUACAACCUGACGGCCCUGCGCUGGUUCCUGCUGGCUCCGCUGGGAUUGGAUGUCGUGGUCGGUGUGGCACUGCUGCUGGCAGGCAUAGCAGCCCUGAACCGAGUCCGCAUGGAGAUUCCACUGGAGAAGGAGAACCAGGAGAAACUGGUGAAGUUCAUGAUCCGCAUCGGCGUGUUCUCCGUGCUCUACCUGGUCCCUCUGCUGGCCGUCCUGGGCUGCUACCUUUACGAGAACAGCCACCGGGCCAUCUGGGAGACCACCUGGGUCCAGGAGAAGUGCAGGGACUACCACAUCCCCUGCCCCUACCAGGUGGAGCGCACCAGUCGGCCCGACCUGGCCCUGUUCCUGGUCAAGUACGUGAUGAUGCUGAUCGUGGGGAUCCCCUCUGUGUUCUGGAUCGGCAGUAAGAAGACCUGCUUCGAGUGGGCCGGCUUCUUCCACGGCAAGAGGCGCAAAGACGGGAUGGUCAACGAGAGCCGACAGGUGCUCCAGGAGCCCGACUUCGCCCAGCUGUUGCUCAGGGACCCCAACAUGCCCAUCGUGAGGAAGUCGCGGGGCACGUCCACCCAGGGGACCUCCACCCACGCCUCGUCCACCCACCUGGCCAUGUUGGACGAACCGCCGAGCGCCAGCACCAGCCGGGCCGGCUCGGUCCGCAGCGCGCGCUCCAAGAUGAGCAGCUACCACGGCAGCCUGCGGCGCGCCCGAGACGACAGAUAUACGGCCUCCGGUUUCCGGGCCGCAGACGACUGGCUGCCCUACGGCAGCAUGCCUCGCCUCAACGACCAACAGUCCAGACACUGCAGCACCAAUCGCCUGGACAGCCCGUCGCGGCACGGCUCCACCCAGCGGCUGGAGAGCCAGUCGCGGCACAGCAGCGCCAGGGACCUCACCGCCACCCAAGCUGUUCUCGGUGUCCCCGGGAACGGGAUUCACCGAGUCCUGGAGGAGGACGGAGCUACAGCCUGAAGAGGACCCGGGAUACCUCUGAAGGUGGCACAUGUGACUGAAAGGGAGACAGAAGACUCGUCUUUCUCUUUCUAGACAAAAGGCAGCGGAGCAGCCAGUGUGGGAGCUCAGCACUGAAGCCGUGUACUGAUGACGUUAGCUAGAAUAGGGCUACAUCCAGCCAAAUGAAGAGGGCAUGUCCUCUCAGCUUUACUCGACCCACGAGCUGAACCCAAAAACUCAAGUGAAAAACAAUCUUUGUCCAGUUUACGACGGGUCUUCUGGUCCUGAUGGCGACCUUUACGACCUGUGGAUAACCAACACUGGACCUCCUUAACUGAGCCAGCAGACCAGGCUGCACUUGUUUGUAUAAAGGGACUGAGAUGUUAGAUACUAGAGCAGCCUCCUCUUCUAGACUGUGCAGCACUUGGGCAGCUUGUUUUCUAUUUUCUUCAUUUACUGACUACAUUUGACAUAUUUUGCACCUCUUCAGCUGCUGACGUCUUAACUUAAAUUCUGGUAACUUAACCUGCUGAAAACGUAUUUAUAAAAGGCCAUUUAUUCACACCGGAUGUGACACUUCACAUGAAGGGGAACAAAUGAGUCUCUACACACGCUGUGUACGACUCCUGAACUUUACAUUGUGUCAUGUUUUUCAUAUGGAGCUACUUCAUUGCUGUGAUGUGACGUAUAAUAAGAGGAAGAAUGCAAGCUCUAAAAUACUGGAAGAAAAGCUGAAUCCAAACUCCUGCCUUAUGACUGGUGAGAGAACGCUAAGCUAACGCUGGCUCACGCCAUUUACCGCAAGUUAAAGCUUUUCUACAGUGCAACCUGCCGCUAGCAGCUGACACAGGGGUCAGGGGUCACCUUUACAGUUUGAAUAGAUAGUGCGCCCUGGAGUAGUGUGUCCUGUUUCUAAAUGUGUCCUUACGUGUAUAGGUAUUGUAAAAUGUUAGCGCAACAUUUCCUCUGGUGGCAAAACUUGUAUAGAUGUAAAAAUGGAACUUUUGUAAUAAAGUUUUUUUUAAUGACCACACA